CCCUCUGUUCUCCUGCAGAGAUUGCUGAUUUCCUCCUGGAGCAAGAGAUUCCCUGUUGCUCAGCAUGGCUCAGACCAGCACAUGCUUCAUCCUCCUCUCCUGCCUGACAUUCUUGUCUCUGAGCCAAGGCGAGGAGAUCCACACAGAGCUGCCCAAAGCCCGGAUCAGCUGCCCGGAAGGCACCAAUGCCUAUCGCUCCUACUGCUACUUCUUUAAUGAAGACCUUGAGACCUGGACUGAUGCAGAGCUCUACUGCCAGAACAUGCAUUCCGGCAACCUGGUGUCUGUGCUCACCCAGGCAGAGAGUGCCUUCGUGGCCUCCCUGAUUAAGGAAAGCAAGAAACAUCUUUGUGUACUACCUAUUACCUAUUUUGCAUUGUCCUUCUUGUCAGAGAGCCCUUUAGAGACUAACCGCCGUUGGCACUGGAGCAGCGGAUCCCUGGUCUCCUACAAAUCCUGGGACACAGGAGCUCCGAAUAGCGACAAUCCUGGCUACUGUGCCAGCCUGACGUCAAGCUCAGGAUACAAGAAAUGGAAAGAUGAGGAUUGUGAUGCCAAGUUCUCCUUUGUCUGCAAGUUCAAAAACUAGAAGGAUCCGGAAAUUAUGCGUCUAGAAUUUGUUACUAUGGAAUGAAAAAUUCAACCGAACUAUCUCUCCAAGUCAACUUGAAUGUUUUGUUUCUUGCUUCAUUUAUAUUGCUAACCUUCAGUAUUUUCA